AGUGAGCGAAAAAUUCGCACUUAGAAGAGGGAUCGUAGAAUAGUUGACGAAUCAAUUUUAACGGAUAUGAAAUAUUCUUCAAGCUAGCUGUGUUAUAAGGAAAUUAAAAGAAUAGAGACUUAUACUUUAAAUCAUUUAUGAUAGCUGAUUUAUAAUGAUGAUAACUUGCUCCACGUUUAUCUUGAGUUUAUUCGUUAUUUACAGUCCAGUCAAUACAGAUUCAAAUUUGGAUCCUUUAAUUUUUGACACCAAUGAUGGCUUUUUAGACUUGGCUGACAAUGGAUCCGGAGAAACAACUGCAGGUUUUUACUUAAAUCAUUAAGAAUUACUCCUUAAAACAUUUUUUUAAAGCACCCACUACGGCAAUUCCUAUUCAGAAUUGUAAUGGAGUUAACUGCCAGUAUGGGGGUACUUGUAUCCCUACCAGUGACGGAUAUGAGUGUAAAUGUAUAGACGGCUUCAGAGGGGCCAAUUGUUCUAAAAUUCUUGUUCCUGAAAUAUUCCCAUAUGGACCAGCUGAGACACAGGACUUAGUUUUUAAUUCUCAGGAUGACUACUCAUCUGAUAGAAUCCGUAUCAAGCAUGGCUUCAUGUUUAACUGUAAAAUUUACAGAAAAUUUUACAUAAACUCAAAUGGAUAUAUCACCUUCAAGAAUAACUUUCAAUCACCCUAUCCCGUUAAAUUUCCAAUGAAAUUAUCUGGUUACUUAUCUAAAGUACCUAUUAUAGCACCGUUUUGGGCUGAUUCGGAAGGACGAAAUGAUAAUGAUAAGAACCUUGUUUAUUAUUCUGUAUAUCAGCAAGAUGAUCCGUAUUUUUUCGAAGGUUCUGAAUUAACAACUAAAGUUAUUAACAUGGUAAAACAUGAUAUAAAAACAACGGUGUCUAAUCAAGGAGACUUUAUACCAUCGCUAGUGACUGUUAUAACUUGGAAAAAUUUGGUAAAAUGGCCAUAUGAAGAAAAUAUUCCGAAAAAUGAAUUCAACACUUUUCAACUUGUACUGACAACUGAUCAGAGAACUUAUAGAUCUUAUAUUAUUCUAGUCUACGGUAAUAAUACAUGGACGCCAUAUCCAGCAUACUCAAUUGGCUAUCAGGCUCCGCCUGUUGAUGGAAAUUAUGGUUUUUUUAACCAUUACGCUUCUGGGAAAGGUGUUGAAACUAAUGAAGAAGCUUUCAAUUUGAAGAAUACUUAUGGCAAUACGAACUUGGCUGGAAAAUUUAUUUAUAAAGUAAGUGACACAAAUUGUGAACGAGAGUUACCUGAAUAUCGUUGCCGGAAAUUUUUGGCUGAGUCAAUCUUAUAUGAUGAUGAACUUCGGGACGCAGAUUUAACGAUCCCUUCGUGUCCUUGUCACGGGUUUAUUGCUUUUUUAGAUUUUAGAUUUGUAAUUGAUGCAACAACAUCAAAACCAGGAAGGACAAUCUGUUUUUAUUCUAUUAUGCCACCCUUCUUUCCUGGUCCAAAAUAUUUUACUGCACCAAGUAGGCAAUGUUGCUAUGAUAUUUUUCGGGGAGGAUUUUUGAUGACUGGGAAAAAAUAUGAUGAUGGUUCUCUGUGGGCUUUUAACCCAAUUUUCUAUCCUGCGUGGCAUGAAGAAGUUGAUCUACAGCCGAAAAUAGAUUGCUGUCUUUCUGAAACGAUGUGUUCAAAAUUCUAUAAAAAAAGGAAAAGAAGCACAUGCCAGGGAUAUAUAUUUCCUAGGUUAACAUGGGCUAUGGGUGAUCCACAUAUAAGAACAGCAGAUGGGAAGCAGUAUGUUUUUAACGGUUUUGGAGAAUUUUGGAUGAUAAAAUCUACAAAAUUCAAACUUCAAUUUCGAACUGCUAAAGCAUUAAAUCAGAAGAAUGAACCGACGGAUGCAACUAUAUUUUCAGGUGUUGCUGGAGAAUACCAUGAUGAUGCAAGAAUAACAGUUAAAUUAGAUGAUUUACGAGAGAAUUUAUUAAUUUACAUUAAUGAUGCUACCGAUGCUGUUUCUUCCUGGUGGAACGAUCCUUUAAAAACUGGACUUUAUUCAGACAACGGUUUAACAUUAAGUAAGAGUAACAGUUCUCUGCAAGUCGUCUUUCGAAACCAGAUCUCUCUUUCUUUAGAGGCAAAAGUUCAGCAAUUAGACAUAAGGAUAGCUUUACCUGAAGAAUUAAAGAAAGAAUCAGUCUCUGGUUUAAUAGGUACAUUUAAUGGAAAUAUGUCAGAUGAUUUUGUUCAACCUGAUGGAACAAUUCUCAGCGAAAACUCAACUGAAAGGGAGCUUUUUACAUAUGGAAAACUGUGGCGCACAACGGCCCAAGACAGUGUAUUUUUUUACAACACGUCAAUUUUGGAGAGUCAUUCAUCAGUUAAUCAAGAAAUUGACACGUUUGAACCUCUUUUCUUCGAUGAAGAGUUUGCAAAGAUGAAUGCAACUGAAAGGGAUGCGUUGAAUCAGUUUUGCGGCGAUAGCUAUAUUUGUAAAGUCGAUUAUGCCAUAACAAAGAAUAAAGAAUUGGCAAACAACACAAAAAAUUAUAAUGACGAGAAAACUGAUGAAGAAAAGAAAGUUUCUAAUACUCCACCAGCUUUUGACGUUGAUACUAUUACCACUCUUAAAGUUGAAGUUAAUAAUUCCUAUCAGUUUACUCUGAAUGCUUCAGAUUCAGACAAUCAAACUAUUGUAUUUAGGAGUUUGAAUUCCUUACCCGAUGGUUCCUUAUUUGAUAAUGUAACAGGGAUUUUUAGAUGGACUGUCAUAUCAGACAUGUAUGAUAGUUUCUUAAGUUUUGUGGCCGUAGAUAGUGAAGGAUUAGCAUCAUCAGAACUGGUAAUAGAUAUUCAGCUAUGUAACUGUUCAGGUAAUGGUAAAUGUGAUUGGGAUGAACCUAGAGAGGCUUACAAUGAUACUGACUCUUUCUUAAUUGUUGAGUGCAUAUGUGAUAGGGAAUAUGAAGGAGAGAGUUGUCAAGAUGAUUAUGAUGGUUGUCAGAACGCGCCAUGUCUUCAACUUCAGAACUGUACAGACUUAAGUGCUGAUGAGCACAAACUUUAUAAGGUUGGGUAUAACUGUUCAUCAUGUCCACCUGGUUAUACUGAUUUUAAGAGUAAUACAUCUAAUGUGGAAAAGCAAGCAAAGUGUCAAGAUUUAAAUGAAUGUGCGUCUCCUAAUACCAACGAUUGCAAAAGUCCAGCUGUAUGUAACAAUAUAGUUGGCGGAUAUACCUGCAACUGUCCUUCUGGCUACGAGAAAAAUGGUUCUUAUGCUUGCAAAGAUUUGGACGAAUGUGCCUUGAACAUUGAUAAAUGUCAACAAAAGUGCACGAACAAUAUAGGAUCUUUUGCAUGUUCCUGUGAAAAUGGAUAUGUGCUUGACUCAGAUCGCCAUAAUUGCACUAUUAUGUCAAGUAACAAAGAUUCGUGUGAUUUGAUGGGGUGUUCUCACAUUUGCAAAUUUAACCCAAAUGAGUGUGAUUGUCCAAAUGGUUUUAUUUUGGAAAGUAACAGAAAAACUUGCAAAAAUAUCGAUGAAUGUUCUACUAAUACUCAUUCAUGCAGUCCCAAAGAAAAUUCAACUUGCUUAGACACAGAUGGUUCAUAUGUCUGUUCUUGCGAUGCAGGAUUUAUUUUACUUGAGGACAAGCGUACCUGUCAGAAGUGUCCGAUAGGGAAGUGGGGAAAAGAUUGUUUGAAUUCUUGUAAAUGUUUGUCAGCUGAUGAUUGUGAUGCAAAAACUGGAUGUAUCCAAUGUCCCGCUGGUUAUCAAGGUGGUUCUUGUGAACAAGAUAUAAAUGAAUGUUUAGAUAACAAUCUCUGUCAACCUUUUGGUGAAUGUAAAAAUGAACAGGGAAGGUACACUUGUGUAUGUGAAGCCGGCUACGAAUUUGCCAAUGGAAACUGUACCGAAAUAAAUGAAUGCUCUCAUUAUCCAAUACUACAUGGAGGAGAUUCUGCUUGCCGUAAUGGAGGUAUUUGCACCGACAAAGUCAACGGAUUUUUUUGCAAUUGUACAUCAGGUUUUAAUGGUUCUCGUUGUGAAAGCGACAUGUCUGUUUGUACCCCAACGCUCUGCAAGAACAAUGGAAAAUGCACUGAGUUGACAGGACUGAAUUACAAAUGCACUUGCAGUUAUGCCUAUUCUGGAGUCCAUUGUGACGUUUUUAAUGGAAUACGAAGAAUUGGUUCAAAAAUCGUUAUAACAAACAGGGCAUGGACUUCUGAGUAUGCAGACACAAUGUCCUCUAAAUACAAAAAUAUAACAGAGGAGAUAGAUGAAGCCCUGGUGAAUCUCAUAUCAAAGACUUCUCUUAGUCCAUUCUUAUUAAGAGUCAACGACUAUCAAUUAACAGACCAAUCCAACAAUAUAAACGUUCAAUUUAACAUGUAUACAAAUUCAACUGAAGCUGUAGACUUUAGAGCUCUGGGUUUGGAAUUCCAUACAAUCUUUAUUAUAAAAUCAGGUGAAAGAUGGAUAAACGAUCUCAUAGUGGAUCCUUCAACUUUAAGUGUUGGACUUAAUACUGAUCAAGUGUACAAUACAAAACUGAUUACUGUAGAUUGUAGCUUGGGUACUAGGGAUUGGAAAUUUUCAAAUUUGGAUAAAGCCAACAUUACGUCAGAAACGAAAAAAGCCCUCGACGCAUUUUACGAAAAUUCCGCGAUUGCCAAAAACUUCUAUAAAUUGACCAAUUUCAAGUUUGAGGAUGAUUUUGGUAGUAUUCUCGUUAAAUAUCAGACUUUAGUAAUUGAAAAUCUCGGUAAUGAAAAAGAAAUUGUCAAAGAGCUGUUUAAUAAAUUGACUGAGCCUCCUGAAAGAAGGCUGGAUGGUUUAUCAAUUGAUAUCAGCGGAAUUAAGUACGGCAGUGAAAAGCUUACAAUUUAUAGUAUUCCAGCAAAAAUUAAUAUACUUAAUUGGGAUUUUGAAGAUGAUCUGAUGAAUAACAAGAGUUCCAAAUAUACUGAACUUUUAAUAGACACUAUAUCUGCUCUUAAUAACUUUUACAGCAUUCAGAGUAUCAGCAAAUCAGAAUUCAUAAAAGUAUCCGACAUAACAUUUAGUAAAUUCACUGAAACUCCAGACAUAGUCAAUAAAGUCGAAUGCAAAUAUACAAUUUUGUCUUUGAAGCAGUUUACUGACUCAGAAAUGAAAGAUUUAAUUACAAAGAUGAUUGAAUCACUAGAUAAACGUAACCAAACGAGAUGGCUCCAAAACUUACAACUUGAUGCCACAAAACUGAAUAUAGAUUCGGAGUCCACUCUUCCGCUUGACUAUCCAGCUACUAUUCGCAUUCUGAAUUAUAAAUAUGAAGAUGUUGUAUCUACACCUUCAAUAAAGGAAAAUUUGACACUAGAAGCAACAGAUGCGCUUACUCAAUUCUUCAUAUCAUCAACUCUAAACAAGUACUUUGUAAAAGUUCAUAAUAUAGAAUUUUCGUGAGUUGAAUGCAAUUGAUAUAGCUAUUUAACAUUGAAGUUAAAUUUACUUUUAAUCUUAGCGCUGGAUCAGUCGUUGUUAAUUAUGACAUAAGACUUUUGCUGCCUACUACAAAUGAUAGUAUGAGAGCUACCGAGGUUGAGAUGAAAAAUGCACUGCGUAAUGAUUCGCAAGGAUUAUUUUUGAAAAAUCUUAUGAUUGAUGAAAGGAUGAUACUGAUUGGCAGAACACCUGAAAAACCUCCUACUGAAACCUCCGGGUCUGACAACUGGAAGGUUAUACUGGCUAGUGUUAUGUCUGUUGUUGGUGUUAUUUUAAUAGUUCUGUUGGUCCUCUUGUUGUGCUAUGUUUGUGGAUGCUAUAGAAAGUCGACGGCAGGAUCUUCAGAAGAUAGCUGGUCCGACAACCAGAGCUUUAGACCGUUUACUAGCGCCGCCUAUGACAAAAAACGACAUUGGCAGGAUGCUCCUACUUUGAGCUCGGCAAGCAGCAUAUCAGUUACCGGGGGUAUAAUUCCACAUUCAGAGGAACAGAGAAAUGAAACAUCUGCAGUUGACUGGAGCGUAUUAAGGGGAUUUAUGAAAAGAGAAAACAAAGAUACUGGCCUGCAUAGAGAUGCUCCAUCUAAUACUUGGCUUUGGGAGCCGAAGCAGUAAUCUCUUCAGUGUAUUAUUUAAAGACGUCGAAAAUGAAAAAUCUUGUAAAACAAAAUAAACUACGCGUUCACAAUUGCUAAACCAUAAUUUAAAAAAUGCUAUUUCGAAAACAGAAAUAUAAAUAAACCUAUAGCACACUUUCUAUAACCUUUCUGCUAAUCUUUCUGUAAUAAGAUACUAUGGUAAUUGAAAAUACAAGCAAAUUAAAGUGCAAUAAAACCAAGAUUUAUCAAUAUUACAGUUUAUUAAACCCAAAAUUCAUUUAUUUGGAUUCAGUUGGUUUAAAAUCUAAUUAGAGCUUUAAACAUCAUAAUUCAAACUCUGAAAUGAUUCUAUAGGAA